ACACUAAGACCAAUAGACACACACAGACCAACACACACACAGACCUUGGUGACCUGUGGGUGUCCGAGAGGCCCGACCACUCUCAGCGCGCUUGGCUGACUGGCUAAAUGGAAAGCGUUCUUAAAACGGUGACGGUGAGCUAAGAGAUAAGAUGGAGGCUCACAGGCAGCCAAGCGGGCUUCGAGGUGCUAAUCAGCUGGGAAACUCUCACUGCUCUGGGAAGUAGCUGGAGAAUGUGGUCGUUACCGGGCACAGGACCUGCGCUGUGUCAGCGCCGGUCUAGACAGCAGCCAUGUGUGAAUGGAUGACCUAACGCUCACAUGGGUUGGAAACAAGUGCUCGCAUUUUUGGAGGGAGGCACUGAUAAGGUCUAUGGCUUUAUGGGUAAGGGGAUAUAAUGUGUGACAGAUCGGUAGUGGUCUAGGUUUUUACAGCAUUUAGACAUGCUUUGUUGUGUGACAAUGGGAUAUGAUUGAAUCAUAUGAUAGCUGUGCAAUUAUCAGACCCCGAUUGGAUCCUGUAAUUACCGCAUCCAAAUGACAACUGAUCCCUCCGUCUCCAUCUCUGACGAUGAGCAUGCGUGAUUUGUAAAACCUUCCACCAAGUUUCGACUUUAUAGCCUUGCACGGAGACAUUCCUUGGAGUUCGAUGUGAAAGGGCGAAUUGUAUUUCAACCUAACACUGCCUAGUAGGCUACCUACCGCUGCGGUUGGAAAAAAACGAAGACAACGUGGGUGCCGGGUGCCCCAGUAGACAUCGCUGCUGGCGACUCUCCCGCCCGGUCUUUGACUGACCGGUAAAUCGACCAAAGAGAAAGUGAGGACGGGCUAGAGGGAGGGGCCAUUCAAAUGAUGCGGUGACUGCUGUGAAAGAGAUGCUCCCAGCUUCUGUGUGGACUGAACACUUGCGCUUGUGAAUGUAACAGUGCGAACGUGGACUCAAUAGCUCUUUCUUGUAUUGUAAACAAAGCAGACUGCUUUCAUCCAUUGCAACGAGCGACAUGGCUUCAAAAUGUCCAAAGUGCGACAAGACGGUGUAUUUUGCUGAGAAGGUGACAUCGCUGGGGAAGGACUGGCAUCGUCCCUGCCUGCGCUGUGAGAGAUGCAGCAAGACCCUGACUGCUGGGAGCCAUGCAGAGCAUGAUGGUCAACCUUACUGCCACAAGCCGUGCUACGCUGUCCUGUUCGGGCCCAAAGGGGUGAACACAGGCGGAGUGGGAAGCUACAUCUAUGAGAAGGAGCCUGGGGCCGUCACUGAGCCCUGAGGAGCCCGAGCCUCGGGGAACUCCGUCACCACCUUCCACAGUAUUAGAUGAUUAGGUUUUCUACCCCUCACCCACACCCACCCCCCCCCCCCUCCUCAGCCUCCCCCCUCCCAGCCUCUAGCCCC